AUGAAUCCCAUGAGUCCCAUGACAGCGGCUGAGGCUCCUAGGCGAGCCCACCUUUACGUCGGCAACCUGAGCCCGAGAGUCACGGAGUACAUGCUCACCGAAAUCUUCGCCGUGGCUGGGCCCGUGCAGCAUGUCAAAAUCAUCCCGGACCGCAACUACCAGCACGGGGGUCUCAACUACGGCUUCGUCGAGUACAUGGAUAUGCGUGCCGCGGAGACUGCUCUGCAGACUUUGAACGGUCGCAAGAUCUUCGACACCGAGAUCCGAGUCAACUGGGCGUACCAGGGGCAGCAGAACAAGGAGGAUACCAGCAACCACUACCACGUGUUCGUUGGCGACCUGAGCCCCGAAGUCAACGAUGAAGUCCUCGCAAAGGCCUUCAGCGCUUUUGGCACUCUCUCCGACGCUCGUGUCAUGUGGGAUAUGAAUUCUGGCAAGUCACGCGGCUAUGGUUUCCUCGCCUUCCGCGACAAGACCGAUGCCGAGCAGGCAAUUGCGACCAUGAACGGCGAGUGGCUCGGCUCCCGCGCCAUUCGUGUGAACUGGGCGAACCAGAAGACGCAAGGUGCUCCCCCCACUGGACCCGGAGCCCCUCGCACUAGCGGCGGCAUUGGUAUGGGUGGCGGCGCGCCUGCACCGAUCAACUUCCAGGGCGGCCCCCUCUCGUACGAAUCCGUGGUGCAGCAGACACCCGCCUACAACUCGACUGUCUAUGUCGGCAACCUCGUGCCGUACUGCACGCAGGCGGACCUCAUCCCGCUCUUCCAGUCGAUCGGGUAUCUGUCCGAGAUCCGGAUGCAGGCGGACCGCGGGUUCGCCUUCGUCAAGCUUGACACCCACGAGCACGCGGCGAUGGCCAUCGUACAGCUGCAGGGCCAGAUGGUGCAUGGCCGCCCCAUCAAGUGCAGCUGGGGCAAGGACCGCGCCGAUGGCGGUGCCGCGCUCUCCACAGGCUCGCUCAGUCCGACGCCUGCUGCUGCACCAUAUGGAAACAUGCCCAUGUACGGCAUGCCCCAGCCUAACACUUACGGGCAGUACGGCUUCAACGCGUACGGUGGCUUCCCUGGUCAGGGGGGCGCAACGGGCACGCCGGGUGCAGCUGCGCCGGGGAUGGGCAGCCCGGUCGCUGGCGCUGCCGGCAUGGCGAUGGGCGCUGGUGCUGGUGGUGCGGAUCCCAAUGCCGGUGCAGGACAAGCCCAGGGACAGUGGGGGGCGGGAACAGAUCCGAGCUCGUACUACUCCAACUACUGGGGCGGUUACUACGGACAAGCCGGUCAGGGCGCGGAUCCUACGCACCAGGGCACAGCCUAA